GAACCAAGACCAGAACUCGGGCAAUAUGAGUAACGUUAAUAAUGUUAAUAUAAACCUGCAGUGCGAGUGCAACCAUCGCCGAACCAUUUUCUACUACGCCAAUCCCUUGGCCUGGGGACGUCCUUGCCGCAGAUGCCGUCGCAUGAUGGCUAGGGGAAAUAUUGUGGUGACCGUGCCAGCAGCACAGGUGGGUGUGCCAGCGCAGACCACCGCCACCGCCACAGUGAUGCCUGCCCAGAAUGCCACCCACUGGCAGAAUCAGCAGGGGCCUCAGACGAUGUCCGCCCUGCCGCCGAAGUACGAUCAGGUUGUGGCUGCCAACUGAGCAAAGACUGCUAUACCUUUUUCGCAUUUAUAAAGAAACACAAUAAAAACCAAGUAAGGAGCAUUGCAAAAUCUACGAAAUCUGACUGGAAGCUAUACAUAUUUUGUAAAUGUGUCAUAAAAAGAACAAAUUCUGUUAAACAAAUUAAGUUAAGUGCAUCGAAAUGUAUUAUUUACAUUAAAUAAACAGUGCCCGGUGCCUGAUGACUGUCUUGAA